CUAGCCCUGGGCUCAUAGUUGAUCUAAAGAGACAAGGUCUAGAAAACUGGAAUGGGAUUAAUCAAGUUUAUAAAAGAGCGUAUGUUUCUUGAAGAUUCAGAAAAGGACCACAAUUUCAUGACCUAUCAAAAAAUACACAAUGUCGCAUACAGAUGAAGCUGCUCUUGUCGACCUCCAGGGAAUAUUCUCCCUCGAUGGCAAAGUUGCCCUUGUCACAGGAGGCAGUCGAGGGCUUGGUUUCCAUGCAGCAUCGGGGUACGUAGACCAUUUCAUGGAAACACAGAUAAGUACAACGACGCUCACAGUGCUUAGAUUACUUCAAGCUGGAUGCUCUCAAGUGUUCAUAACAUCGCGGUCUCCCUCUGACUGUGAUAAGGCCGUUGCAGGACUCAAUGCACUGCUCAACAAACAUCCCAAUGCAAAGGCAAUUGCCGUGCCUACGGACUGUUCGCGUGCCGAUGAGCUCGACAGACUAGUUAGUGUGAUAUCUCAGUCGACCGAUCAUGUUGAUAUCGUCUUCGCCAACGCGGGAACAGUCCGAAUGGGACCUUUGGAAGAGCAUUCGGACAAAGAGUUCUCCGACGUAAUGGACCUGAAUGUCAAAGGGACAUUCCUACUUGUUCAGAAACUCCUCCCCCUUCUGUCCGCAAAGGCUCAGCGCGAGGACGCAUCCCGGAUCAUCAUCAACUCCUCUAUCGCCGGAAUGAUCGCCGGAGGUACUGGACACCUUGCUAUGCCAAGUUACGGUGCAUCCAAGGCAGCGCUUAUCCAGAUGGCCAAGUACCUUGCCAUAGAGCUGGGCCCGCGAAACAUCUUGACCAACGUCAUUGCGCCGGGCUUCUACCCGACUAAGAUGUCCUCCAUUCUUUCUGAUAAAGUAGGCGGCCCAGAUGUGCUGGCAAGCAUGGUUCCGAACCGCAGAGUAGGGACUCCUAAUGAUAUUGCCUCGUUGGUUGUGUUCUUGAGCUCCAAGGCGGGCAGUUACGUGAACGGGGCAACUGCUGUGACUGAUGGGGGGUUUGGCUUAUUGCAUUCGGUCAAUGCUGGUGAUGCAUCUCAGGAUGGGACUUUCCUGGGAUAGGAUAGAAGGAAUUACCAGCUGGAAGAAAAGCUUUGUAUAUUAUUAUCUACCAGUAGCUGAAUCAAUUCUGCAGCCGUAAGGACUGCAAGAUUGCCCUGGAGAACCAGCGCCAUUACAAACCCAAUACUCCCAUAAAGCCUG